AAAAACAUCAAGGAUAACAUCAACUUUUGUAUUCUUUUAACAGAUAAACAGCAGGAAUGUCCAAAGAAACAGAAUUCCCUAGCACUGGCUCUGCUAACUUAUCACCUUCGCAAUCGCAUAUUACUCGAAAGAGAAGAUCCUCUUCCUUGAUCCAGCAUUUGGAACCUGACACCCAGGACACAAAAAUUGAUCAACAACUAAAUCCUAAUUUGAAUGCCGAUUGGGUUCAUUAUAAAGGUGCAUGGAUCGUACAUAUUGUGAUUAUUGUUCUUCUCAAGAUAUUCUUCAACUUCAUCACCAUAUUAGACAAUAACUGGAAAUGGACCUUAACAAACUUAACCUACAAUAUCGGCUCCUAUAUAAUGUUUCAUCAAGUGAAGGGUACCCCUUUCGAGUUCAAUAGCGGUGCUUACGAUAAUUUAACUAUGUGGGAGCAGAUCGAUAAUGGAGAUCAAUAUACCCCUACCAAGAAGUUUUUGAUGUUAGUGCCUAUUGGUCUAUUCCUAGUUAGUACUCACUACAGUUAUUAUAACUUGAAUUUGUUUAUAUUGAAUGGUGUUAGUUGUUUGUGUGUUGUGGUCCCAAAACUUGCUAUCAGUCACCGCUUACGGGUUACUUUGUAUUAGUCGAGUCAAGUGGAAAAGGGAAUGAUACAACACAUGCUUCAAAAUGAGAAGAAUCCUUUGUUAUCAUAAUCUCAUUUACUUUCCUUAUGUGAAUGAAUGGCAAGCUUCUCUAUAGUGAUAAGCUCGAUUUCCAAAUAAUAGACAACAAAAUCCUCAAAAUGACACAAAUUUCAUGGCAAUACCUUCGAUGUAAUUGCCCUUAUUUAUAUCGGUGAUUUCCACCUUAUAUCACUUUAUACGUGUAUAUCAUGUUCAGUAUUAAUAGUAAUUAUCCCACCAUUUAUAUGUGUAUUAUUGUGUGGUUGCUAGCUCAUUUGGUUGAGCAAAAAAUCUUCUACCCCUUCAAGAUCAUCGUGGUCAUGGUCGGUUUCAAUGGUUUUAGGAGGUGAAAUGAGGCUACCAUUUCCAUUUUAAGUACUUACUUUCAUACUUUGGAUUCAAACCGAACACGGAUAUGGAUACACAUACCAAAACUUAUCACAUCAUUAUAUAUGGAUUAUAUGGUUUCAAUGCUAUUCAUCUCUUCAACAAAUUUAGACUCUCCCCAUAUACCUCAAAGGUGUACGCCUAUAAC